AUGAAUGAAAGAAAAUCUUCUAAUCCUUGUCCUCUUCUUGCUCAUCAACCAUUUCUGGAGAAAUUUCAAAGCACAAGUCACCAAUCAUCCUCAUCACCACCACUAACUCUCAUCCAUACGACGACUACUACUUAUAAUAUCAUCCCCACCACCACCACCACUCCCACUUCUCCACAAUCUAAAAAGAAAUCCUUUCCAAGGUCAGAAACCUUCCUCAUGUUGAAUGAAUUCAUUCAUCAAGUCAAUUCUUGUGGUUUUCCAGUGUUGGUUUUCAAUCGUCAUUUUAUGAUCGAAUUCUUAAAUAAGGAAGCUGAGGAAUUAUUUGGAGUUUAUUCCUUUGCAGUGAUGGGAGAAUAUUUGAGCGAAUUAUUAGUAAUGGAUUCUUUAAAUGAAAUUCGAAAUGCCAUUGAGAAUUAUCUUGGUGAGGAUCAUCACACUCAUCGUCACCCAUGUGACAUGAUGCAACAUGAUCAAGUGGAAGAGACAAAUCAUCCCUAUGAAAUUAUGAAACCUUCUACUUCAGAAAGCAACAUGGAAGAUUCAAUGAAUGAUGAUGAGGAAAGUGAAUUUGACGAUCGAAGAACGUCCAUCACUUCGUGGCAGUCUUGUCAUUCUUUUAAUUUGCAAUUACCAAAUAUUGAACACAUUGAGAGGAUCUCCACAGAGGAAAGGAAAGCUAGGAAACAAGAUUUGAUGAACACUCGAUCAUUGACAGGUCGAGCAUCCACACUCAAGAAAAUAUUUCCAAUGAAAGUUCGAUUGUUACCACUGCACAAGACAGAUCAAACACAUUUUGCAGCCUACAUUCAAGAGGUGAAACAAAGUGAUGAAGAUUCGAAGCAUUUGCAUGGAGUUCAGUUUGGUGAAGCAGUGACGGAACUCUCUGUCAUUCCAAUUAUUGCAAUUAAUAAGAAAGGGAUUAUUCAAUUUUUCAACUCUGCAGCUUGUUCUGCCUUUAAAUAUUCAAAGCAAGAAAUUGUGGGAAAGAAUGUGAAAAUUCUGUGUCCCCCUAAAAUUCGAGCGCAACACGACAAGUAUCUCGAGAGGUACUUAAAAACUGGAGAGAAACAUGUGGUAGACUCUGUUCGUAUGGUGAAAGGAGUCGUCAAUGGAGGAAAGAUCAUUCGAAUGGAAUUAAGGGUUUCUGAAAUUUUUGAUCCUGUCACUAAUGAGUCAUCCUUUGUGGCGUUCGUUCGAGAUUGCACCUCAAUGGCAACACGUGAGGAGCAUUUGACGAAUAUUGCAGAGCGAAUUUUUCCAAAGAAUAUUGCUCAGCGAUUGACUCUGGGACAACAAGUGAUCGAUUCUCUGCAAAAGUGCAGCAUGUUGUUUUGUGACAUUGUUGGAUUUACGGAUUUUUCUUCCAAUCAACCUGCUUCAACAGUGGUGAAAAUUCUACAUCAAAUGUUCACGUCAUUUGAUGAAAUUUCAACUUGUUACCAUUUGGAAAAAAUUAAAACCAUUGGCGACUCGUAUUUUGCAGCAACUGGAAUUGUCAAAGAGACAGAUCAAGAUGCAGAGAAUUGUGUGAGAGCUGCUCUUGAAAUGAUACGAUCCAUACAGGAAAUUGAAAUGACAAGACCUGAGAACAUCACAAAUGGAUUGUCAAAUAUUCAAGUGAGGAUUGGAAUUCACACAGGAAACAGUGGAGAUGUUACUGCUGCCGUCGUGGGAAGACUUAAAAAGACGUAUGAUCUAUUUGGAACUGGAGUGACAACCACACAGCUCAUGGAAGCAACAGGUAAAGCUAAUCAAAUUCACAUCAGUGAAAACACUUACCGAGAGAUUGAAUCUGACUCUCUGAAAGCAUUAUUUGUUCCGUAUUUUCAAGCUAAAGAGGAAGUUUAUCUUCCAGACAAGUUGGGUAUGAAAAGUAUUCCAUUUCAAACCUUUAUCACAGAUAUUUAG